UUUAUUAUAUAUAUAUAUCUUCACAUAUAUAAUGUAUUACAUGUAUAUUCAUAUGUAAUAUUAUGUUGUACAUUAUUUUGUCAAGAUCGUGUAAUCUGACUAUGUUAAAGGCGUUUAUUCUCGACUUGGUCACCUCACCUGCUCAGACGUAAAGUACAAAUUAUCUAUUUGAUGAUCGUUUCGUCGUUUGUUUCUGUUUUCGUUACGUAAGAAAAAGAAAAAAAAGAAAAAAAGGAAAACCAGAAAAGGCUGAGAAAAGCGUUACCGAUAUAGUAUGUUAUUGUAAAGACAUCUUGGGAACAAAUAAUUAUCUAAGCUGUCUAUCAUUUCCGUUUCCCCGGAAUACGAUUACCACCGGAUGCAGUUGAGCUGUUUUCGCAAGAACGUUAAAAAAAAAGAAAAGACAAAAGGCGCAAGAAACGAGGAAGUACCAGUUAUCUCAUGCAGCUAUGUCGCAAAAGAAGGAAGGUUGCGUGUUUUAUAGUAUAUAGAAGGAGAAAUGUGUAAAUAUUAGAGAUAUAGCGCGAAAAUCGUGGUACCACAUAUACAUACACACAUACAUACACACACACAUAUACAUAUUGGUGCACGACUUGUGUGUGCGGACGUACACAUACCGAUUCUCAGUUAAAUAAGAUAAAAUAUAAAUAACAAUGUUGCAAUGUCAUGUAAUUCUGAAGGACAGCGAGCGCGCGCGAAUUAUGAUAUUUAUAGCGAAGUGUUUGUACGACAGGGUGUAAGCGAAGAAAUUUGUAUAUUGAUACGUGUGUGAAGUAGAGCGCGAUUGCUAACUGCUAAACACAGAAAAAAAGUCGAAAGAAAGAGGGAAGAGAGAAAGCGAGCGAGGUAAUCGCUGUUUUAAUUUCCGUGUAUAUAAAUAUAUAUAUAUAUACAAACGGAAGGCCGUGCUAUACUUAUACAAAAAUGUACGAACAUACAAUGAUUUAUACGAGCAAAAUUGCGACACGCGUUAUGUCAAUUUCGACGUCGCUCUCCCAAUAAGUCCGUUUCAUUUCUUCUUUUUUCCUUUUCUCUUUGUUCUCCCCGUGAUAGAUUAUACGGCAAUUUGUCGUGAAUGCAGCUCAAUGAGAUAUAUCAUCAGUUUAUCGCACCGUCACAGUAUAAGUAAGAAAAAAAGAAACAGCACAGAUCUCCACAGAACAUUCUAAAGACGUUCUUUAGAGAUUUAGUGCUGCCUGAACAUAGAGAUUUAUUUUAGCCAGCAUCUAUCGUCAUUCAAAUUAUAACCCGCGCACAACCAACAAUAUGGCGACCGGUUAGCACCGAGAUCAAAAGUGCCGCCGCAGAGUGAACCUACUGUUCUUUAGUAGGUUCAAUCCGGGAAAAAUAGUGCAAAUAAUUGUCUCCUGCGUAUGACUGAACUGCACAAUCAAGAACAUGGCGGCCAGCAGUUGUCACAUGGUGUGAGCUGAAAUACAUGUGAAUAAAAACAUGGAAUACAUGUGAAUAAAAACGUGGAAUACCUGUGUAUUGCUUAUUUAUUAAAAAGGAACGGAAGAGGCGGAUAUAAAUGCCGCAUAUUAAAUUGCCACAGUGCAAGCAGCGAAAAUUAAGGAAUAAAGGAGAUCACAUUCCGAUUUCCUAAAACUCCAGAAAGCCGAUAUCUAUCAUCUAGCCGGUCAUUCAAAUUAUAACCCGCGCACAAUCAACAAUAUGGCGACCGGUUAGCAUCGAGAUCAAAAGUGUCGCCGCGAAGUGAACCUACUAUCCUUACUUACACUGUGCCGAAAGUGUGUGUGCAGCGAACCACGUGGUCACGUCUGCCCGGUCUUUCUCGGCGAACGAGUUUUGUGAAACGUUAGAAUGUCAACGCCGGAUUUAGAAAUGUUUCACAAACGAGCGGCCGCAGCGGAAGGAGAGAUAGUCUAUUUAAAGGACCAAAUCGAAUUGUUGCGCCGAAGUAUCGCGGACAAUGUCUCGCAGGAGUCCACCGUGGAUAAGGAGGAGUUUCUGAAAUUACAACAGGAGAAUGUCAAGCUGAAACACAGGAUAGCGAUACUCAAGAGGACCAUCGAAGCGCAGAGGGGCAAAGUACCGUUAGGCCCGACGUCUCUGUCCGUUGUAUCCCAAGACGAUGUGAUCAGUAUUAAUAAUACUCUGUGCGAUAUUUUUCGAAAGGCAAUCAACUUAGCAUAUCCCAAUGUAUCGGAUCCACCAGUGAUAAUAACUACCAGCAAUAAUCCCAAAUUUGGGGAUUACCAAUGUAACAGUGCUAUGCCUUUGGCGCAACAGCUGAGUAGCUCUGGUACUAAAGUAAUUCCACGCAAUGUUGCUAACGAAAUUAUAUCCAAACUAGAAGAAUCCACCCUUGUAGAUAAAUACGAGAUAGCUGGUCCAGGAUUUAUAAAUAUAUAUUUGAAACGUGACUUUGGACAAACUGCUUUGGCCAGUUGGUUGAAGAAAGGCGAUGUUCCUCCUCCAUGUGUUCAGAGAAAGAGGGUUAUUGUAGACUUUUCUAGUCCCAACAUUGCCAAAGAGAUGCAUGUGGGACACCUGAGAUCCACCAUAAUUGGAGAUAGUAUUUGUAGGCUGUUAGAAUACUUAGGACAUGAUGUGCUGAGACUCAAUCAUGUAGGUGACUGGGGCACGCAGUUUGGUAUGUUGAUAGCACAUCUUCAAGACAAGUUUCCCGACUACUCGACUGUUGCUCCUUCCAUCCAGGAUCUUCAGGCUUUCUAUAAAGAAUCUAAAACUAGGUUCGAUACUGAUGAAAAUUUCAAGAAACGAGCGUACGAGUGCGUUGUUAAAUUACAAGCUUUUGAGUCUGAGAUAAUAAAAGCCUGGAAGAUGAUAUGUGAUGCAUCAAGGCAGGAAUUCAACAAAUUGUACACUCGACUGGAUAUCAAGAUAAUCGAGAGAGGCGAGUCCUUUUAUCAAAAGCGCAUGGAAUCAAUAGUGAAAGAGCUGGAGUCAAAAAAUAUGUUAGAGGAAGACAACGGCCGGAAGGUAAUGUGGGGGGAGAAACGAAACAAUGGGAUACCUUUGACGAUAGUCAAAUCCGACGGUGGUUUCACAUAUGAUACGUCAGAUAUGGCCGCUCUCAAGCAACGCGUUGAGGAGGAAAAGGCGGAUUGGUUGAUAUAUGUGACGGACGCCGGGCAAUCCCUACAUUUCCAUAUGCUGGAGAGUUGCGGCAGAAGGGCGGAUAUCUUGAAGAGCCAUCAUAGGAUGGAUCACGUUGGCUUCGGUGUCGUUUUAGGCGAGGACAAGAAGAAAUUCAAGACGAGGUCCGGUGAUACUGUAAAACUCACCGAAUUGUUGGACGAAGGCUUGAAGAGGGCACUGCAGAAACUCAAGGAGAAGGAACGCGACAAAGUGCUCUCCGAAGAAGAGCUGAGGACCGCCCAGGAGUCCGUGGCGUACGGCUGCAUAAAGUACGCCGAUUUGGUGCACAACAGAAACCACGAAUACAUAUUCUUGUUCGACAAGAUGCUGGAGGACAAGGGCAACACCGCCGUGUACUUACUGUACGCCUUAACUCGCAUCCGUUCCAUCGCCCGGAUGGCGAACGUCACGCCGGACGAGUUGCAGCAGAAGCACGCGCGCGACACUCCGAUCUCGUUGGCGCAUGAGAAGGAAUGGAAGCUGGCCAAGGUACUGCUCAAGUUCCCCGACGUGCUUCUCAGCAUCAGCCAGGAUAUGUUCCUGCAUCCGUUGUGCGAGUUUUGCUACGAGAUCUCGUGCGCGUUCACGGAAUUUUACGACAAGUGCUAUUGCGUGGAGAAGAAUCAGGCCGGUGAGAUCGUGAAGGUGAACAUAGGCCGUCUCUUACUCACGGAAGCCACCGCGAUGGUCAUGGAGAAGUGCUUCGCUUUGUUGGGUCUGAAGCCCGUCGCGCGCAUGUAGGAGAAUAUUUGUUUUAAAGAUAGAAGCUGUAUAUUUUUCCGACUUAACGUCGAGUCUUAACUGCAGUGUAGCGAAAGAUUAAUGAAACUUCUGCUCAGA